AUGAAUGUAGAAAUGACUGGGGAAAACCAAUCCUUGUCAAUAGAGUUUAUCCUCACAGGAUUUACAGAUCUCCCAGAGUUGAAAACCCUUCUGUUUCUGGUGUUCCUUACCAUCUUCCUGAUCACCAUGGUGGGAAACCUUGGUCUGGUGGCACUGAUAUGUACAGAGCGUCAUCUUCACACACCAAUGUAUAUCUUUCUGGGUAACCUUGCUCUGAUGGAUUCCUGUUGUUCCUGUGCCAUCACCCCCAAAAUGCUAGAGAAUUUCUUUUCUAAGGACAGAAUAAUUUCCCUCUAUGAAUGCAUGGCACAAUGGUACUUUCUCUGCCUGGCUGAAACUACAGACUGCUUCCUUCUGGCAGCCAUGGCCUAUGAUCGCUAUGUGGCCAUCUGCAACCCACUGCAGUACCACACCAUGAUGUCAAGGAAACACUGCCUUCGGAUGACCACAGGAGCCUACAUAGCUGGAAACCUGCAUUCCAUGAUUCAUGUUGGGCUUCUGUUUAGAUUAACUUUCUGUAGGUCUCAUCAAAUCAAUCACUUUUUUUGUGAUGUUCUUCCAUUGUUCAGACUCUCCUGUGUUGACCCUUAUAUCAAUGAAUUGAUGAUAUUAAUCAUUGCAGGAUUCGUUCAAAUCUUCACUGUUACCAUAGUAAUAAUCUCUUACCUUUUUAUCCUUUUCACAAUUUUCACAAUGAAAUCCACCAAGGGCAGAGGGAAAGCUUUAUCUACUUGUGCAUCCCACUUUCUCUCUGUCUCAAUAUUCUAUGGAUCUCUUCUCUUCAUGUACAUUCGACCAAAUUCACUUAAUGAAGAAGAUAAAGAUUUACCCCUUGCUGUUUUUUAUACUCUAGUUAUUCCCUUAUUAAACCCUUUUAUUUAUAGCCUAAGAAAUAAGGAAGUAAUAAAUGUCAUGAAAAAAAUUAUUAAGAAGAUGUCUUAA